AUGGGAGAAGUGUCAUCUGAGCGAGGCUAUGCUCUCCAACACCAAACUUCAGGCGAGAACAUUAUGAUACGGAAAAAACAACUGCCACGGCUGCAAAGCCAGCCCCUUUCUUGUACAAAGUGUCGAGAACGGAAGGUGAAGUGUGACCACACGAAACCAUGUCCAGCCUAUUGUGUUCGUGGUCUUCCCCGUGAAUGCCACUUCAUAACUGAAGACGGCAAUUACACCCCAAUUCAGCAAAGUUACGAACUCCGUAAACUUCGGGCCGAGAAUGUUCGACUGAAGGAGCGAUUUCGCGUACUCGGUAUACCAAUAUAUGAUAAUCAAUCUGAUCACACCUCACCUCCAGAGUCUGAGUGGCAAGACAGCAUAUACUUUGGUUCACCCGGAAUAGCCACUGUCAUCAAUGAUUUUAGUUCGGUCAACACUGACAACCCGACAACAUUGACACACAUAAUACCACGUCCAGUAGACAUAUUCACAUCGGAAGACACCCCAGCGUAUGCAUUUGCCACGCUCUUCAGUGCUUCUUCUGGAGAAUGUAUUCCACAAUUGCUCAGUUGUCUCCCCGCAAAACCUGAGUUGUCAGAAUACAUGGACGUAUUUGAACAUAGUGUGAGCAUGCGUAUCCCUGCAGAAGUAUCCAGAGUUGAGACAGAGCGUUUUCUAUCAGAUGCUAAGAGUAACUCUCACUCCUGUCCGAGUAUGCUGGCAUUGAUUCUCGCAGUCAUUGCUCUUGGCGCGCAGCACUCGAUAUGGGGAAAGAACGGCAGCUGCGAUGCCGCUAAAAUGGAAGUAGAGGCGCAGAGAGGUAACGUCUACAUUGCCGCAUCAAUGCAGGCUUUACGAUUGGCUUCGUUCAUGCACAAGCCGUCUCUGGUGGCCAUCCAAACACUCAUAUUGAUCGGAAAGUACUUGGCCAAUAGUGGAAGAUUCUUAGACGCAUUCAUACUAUUCGGCACUACUAUCAGAUUGGCUCAUUCUAUCGGUCUACAUUGCAACCCGAAACAUCUCACAUCCUUCUCCCUAACUGAAGCGGAGGUCGCAACGCGUCAAAAGAUUUGGUGGUACAUGCUCCGAAUCGACGAGGAGUAUUCCAUGACAUUUGGGCGACCACUGGGAAUCAGCAGCAUUGGCGCUUGUUCCUGGCCCCAGGAACUCAUAACAGAUCCCAAUAUGCUGCGGCUCGGAGAUUUCAUAAUGCAAUUCACCGUGCUUUCUAGGCAGAUUCUGCGCAGCGAUCGACUCAAUGAUUCUCAGGUCGAUGAGUUCACAAAAGAGCUUUGCGGUUUGUUGGAGACGAUGCCUGAAACACUUCAGUUUGAUCUUGCUUGGAUUGAUGCGGAAAGCACAUCGUCACAAAGCCUCUGGUCACUCAGGACCAUAGCGACCGAACUCGAAGGAAACAGCGUGCAUAAACUUGCGAGGAUCGCGGUUGAAAAGAUUAGUCGAGGCCUCCAGACGCUGCACGACAUUGUUGCACAAUCACCACACGGCAAUAAUCAAAGCCACGAUCGGCAAGAACACCAUACUGCCGGGUAUGGAGCUGAGGAAGACGGGGUAUCACAAGGAUGGACUGGGAUUGAAAACGUCAUGGGUCAUACUGGCAUGCAGCUGUUAGAGACCUAUGAUCUAGGAAUACCAUCAUAA